ACGAGGUGUAAUGUGCAUCUCAGGCGUUGCAUGUACUCAUUUAUCGCUCACAGCUCUAAUCUGUAGGACAGAUUAUCAGAUUACGGUCUUUGGCUUUGAAAAUUCGGUGUGAAUUUAUUGAACAUUCGAAGGUUUUCAUACAGUUUUUGUGUGUUUGUAGUUGGAAAUGUCUCUAGCAGGUCAAAGUGCUGUAGUUUUCGGAGGUUGUGGCGGAAUGGGAAUAGCAAUUGGACAGCAUCUGCUCAAAGAGGGAGUGAAGAAACUGUUCAUUCUGGAUGUUGUGGAGUUGCCCGAUUCAAGCUUAAUGCGCCUGAAGGAAUACAGUUCGGAUGCACUGAUACUCGGCAAAACAUGUGAUAUCUCUAAUCGUGAGGAGCUGAAGCAGAUAUUGGAAAAGGAUGUGUUGGCAGCACUAGGACAGAUAGACAUUCUGGUGAACUCGGCUGGGAUUGUGGAGAGUGACGUUCCCGACAAGCUGAUCGCGGUCAAUUUGACAGGUAUUAUUAAUACGUGCCUGAUUACACUCAAUUUAAUGUCCCGGGCAAAAGGUGGUAAAGGUGGCGUAAUAGUGAAUGUGGCAUCGACCGCAGGACUAGAACCGAUCGCAUUUCUUCCGACGUACUGUGCGUCGAAGCAUGGCAUAAUUGGUUUUACACGCUCAAUAGGGGUUGAACCCGUCUUCAACGAAACUGGAGUAAAGUUCAUAACCAUUUGUCCGGGCGGGACGCGUACACGAAUGUUUGAAAAUGUAAAAAAAUUGUCCAUCGAGAUAGGGGCGUUGCAAAAAAUGUUCAGGGAGUUUAAACAUCCGUAUGCACCGCAAAGUCCCGAUGUUGUAGGAGCCUGCGUCGUUCAAGCCAUCGCACAGGGAGAGAACGGAUCCACAUGGGUCUGUAACGAUGGAAAGAUCUCUCUCCAUGCUUAUCCAGCGACACAAUAUAUGUGAAAGUAUAGUGUAAAGUUCAAUCUGACCACGUGGAUUAGUUAAAUAGAAUAAAUUCAUUAAUGCUUCUGCAUUGUGUAACAAAUAGUCUCGCUUUGUUUUGGUACGUUGGCCAUCAGGUGCAUCUGUUACGUGUGGUGCAUAAUACAAGUUUAUAUAGAAGUGUGUAACUAAUGCAUCUGAUAUACUAAGCACAUGUUUAGUUUCAGGUUGAUUUAUUGCAAUGUGUAGCCACUUUCAGUUAUAGCUGAUUACUUACCUUAAGUCAUAGUGAAUAAAAGGCGUAAAUGAUUGAAAUUUGUUUCAAAGAAUAAUAACCAUUAUCUCGCUACACCGGCCAACAAAGAAUUGAAAUCGGGAAAAGGAACGGCUUUUUAAAUCUCCAUAAUAACAAAUCUGACAGUUGUCAAUCGUAGCCGGAAAGGUGGACAGGUACAGGGUGGUUCGGAAUUAUUGCUAGCGAAAUUAUCAAUUUACCCUCUACGCAGUAAAUACAAAAUCUACAAUAAAUGCUCACGUAUUCUAUAUUUAUAUAGAAUAUAUCAA